AUGUGCUUCAUCUUUAACUCGAAAGAGAACCGAAACAAGUUUGAUGUGAAUGCAGAUGAAGGGAUCUUUCUUGGCUGCUCUCUUACCUCCAAGGCAUACAGGGUUCUGAAUAGAAAAUCAAAGAAGAUUGAGGAAACCUAUUAUGUCACAUUUGAUGAUAGUUACGUGAAGAAACUUCAAUCAAGCGAUACUCCAAUGAAGGAGAUCUUUCUACAAAAAGCAAAAGCAGCAGAUAAUAAAGUUGACAACCUGACGGAGAUAUUAAACAAAGCGGCGCAAGGCAUUGAAAGCGAACCUCAAGAUCAAGGCAAACCUCAAAGUUCAAGCGAACCUCAAGAUCAAGUGGAGAAUCCAUCUCCAACAAGGAACCAUGAAAGUCCAAUCGAGGGGGAGAAUUCUAAACCGGAUGUUGAGAUUGUUUCUUCAUUCGAGGGGGAGAAUAAUAAUACAAAUGUCGAAGAUUCUCAAUCAGAAUUCGAAGAGGAAAUAAAUGCUGAAUUGGAUCCUGCUUAUGAUCCAGAUUAUCCCCCACUCAAGCCUGAAAGAAAAGGGGAGAAGGACGGUCAAUCAUCUAAAGUUUCUACAACCAAGAAGCGAAAGUCUGAACAAGAAACCCCAUCUGCUCCAAAUAAACGAAAGCUUAAGAAGAAGGCACACAAGCUGAAGGCUCCUUCUUCAAAUGAUUCUGACUAUGUUCCAUCCGAUCAACAACCCGAACCAGAGUCAAGUGAUGAUGAUGUUUCUCAACAUAAGAGUUCGCUUCGAGGUAAUUCGCCUCCACCUUCACCAACUCAUGAAGGUAACCGAGCCUCACCUCUUCCUUCUCCUACACAAUCGGUUCCUAUAACAAUUGCUCCGUGCCCUCCUCCCAUCUCAUCUUCAACUACAACUUCAACUGCAAUUCCUACCCCUUUAUUCUUAAAAGUUACCAUAAUCACUACUACUACAACCGAACCUCAAGUUCAUGUCAACGUAUCUGAUACGGGGGUACCUACUUCAUAA